ACAAAAACUCAAGUGAGAAGUAUAAAACGAUGGUCAGAACUGGAAAAUCUGUCUCAGUUCAUAAGAAAGUGCAUUUUGGGGAUAAUAAUAAGUUCAGUUCAACCAUUAUUGCUUAAAGAAAAUGCCUGUAAGUUUGGAACUUUGUGGUACGAAGGGUACUCCGGCAGCCAGUAGCUUACCGAGCACUUCCAGUCUAAACAUGUCCAUCAAGGACCUCAGCAUCACCAACCCAACGAAUGUGCGAGGAAAAAUGAAGCAGUUCUGGGAACAAUAUGAACCAUCGCCAUGCUCGAUGAUGCUCUGCUCUGCUGCAAAUGACACUCUGGCCGCGGAGGACCGACUCCAGAUUUUGAAAACUUGUCCAGAUUUGAAAGGCAAGCGCGUUCUAGAAUUGGGGGCAGGCAUUGGAAGGUUUACGACCGAGCUUGCCAAAGUUGCAUUGUCUGUCACUGCUGUUGACUUUAUCGAAGCAUAUACGGACCUCAACAGGGAGACAAAUGGUCAUAACCCUCACGUGUCAUUCAUGACUGCAGAUGUCACCGAACUAGAUAUUCGUCCAAAUAGUUUUGACGUUAUCUUCUCGAAUUGGCUUCUAAUGUACUUGGGGGAUGAUGAAGUGGAAAAACUGACCGUCAAAAUGCUCUCAUGGGUUAAAACGGAUGGCUAUCUGUUUGUUAGGGAGUCAUGCUACAGACCUUCAGGGGACAUUAAAAGAGAAUCCAACCCAACUUUCUAUCGUUCUCCUUCUGAAUAUUUUGCUAUUUUGCAACACAACAUUUAUGAGGACAGCAGGAAACACAAGUUCACAUUUUUGUGUGAACGAGCGUUAUCGAUUGAGGCGUACAUUCGGCAUUACGGAAACCCAUUCCAAUUAGGGUUUGUGCUAAGAAAAAUGCCCCACAAUGCCGAUUCGUAUGAUUCCUUCCAAUCUUUCUUGGAUGGAAACCAAUACACUGAGGAAGGAAUUAAGCGCUAUGAGUUCAUCUUUGGAAAGACGUACGUUUCGACGGGAGGAGCAGCGACGACGGAGGAAUUUGUGAAGCCGUUGAAUUUGACACCAUCCUUGAGUUUGCUUGAUGUUGGUUGCGGCAUCGGUGGCUCUGCUUUCUACAUCGCUCGAACUUAUGGCUCAAAAGUUCAUGGCAUUGAUUUAUCCACGAAUAUGAUUUCGAUGGCGGUGAAAUACCAGUCAGAAAUGGAAGAGUCGGUUCGAAAAGCGGUCAGCUUUGAAAUGAGCGAUGUGACCAAGCAUGAUUUUGAAGAAAACACCUUCGAUGUCAUUUACAGCAGAGACACGAUUCUUCACAUUGUGGAUAAAGAUGCCUUGUUCUCCAAAUUCUUUAAAUGGUUAAAACCCGGAGGCAAAGUCCUGAUUACCGAUUACUGUCACGGGGAUAAGGAAAAUCAUUCUGAAGAGUUUGUCAAGUAUGUUAUGCAAAGGGGUUACCAAUUGUUGUCAGUCGGAGCUUACGGCCAGCUUCUUGAAAAAGUUGGCUUCGAAUCGGUAGUCGCAGAUGAUAAAACAAAGGAAUUUAUGGACAUUUUGGAACUAGAACUGAAGAAUUUCAACAAGCAGAAAUCAGAAUUCAUUGAAUUGUUCUCAGAGGCCGACUUCAAGUAUAUUGAGGACGGUUGGAAGUCUAAAUUGGUUCGUUGUGGGGCUGGAGAUCAAGCCUGGGGGUUGUUUACAGCCACGAAACCCCAAUAGUCUUGAACACCAAUGACAUUUUUUUUACUUACAACCAACCCAGUAAAUCUACUACUACAGUAUAAUUAAUUACUCCAAAUUCAAGAAAGUUCGAAACGGAAUAUAUUUUAAUAGUAUUAUAAAAUUGGAAUUACGAAAAAAAAUUAUAAACAUAUUCGUGAAUA